AUGGAUAUCCACGUUUCCCAUGCAACAUCUCCAGCCUGGAAAGGAAAUAGAAGAGAGGAGGAGGAGGAGGAGGAGGUCGAGUACUUGAGUCGACGACAGAAAUGGCGGAACGAGUGGAGGAAGAGGGAGUUUCCGCCACCAUUGCCGGUGGUGGUGAAAACGGAGAAGGACUCAGCGCGUCAGGAUCAUGUGCCGUGGGUGUUGAAGAAAUACUCCUACGGUGACAAUGGAAGAGAUGAGGGUGGUGGGAAUAGGGUUGUGGUUAUAGAGGAAAGGGUCAAGCAUCGAAAGUACUUUAGGGCUCACAGAUCCAACGGUCAUCUCACCCUGCAACUCAUAUGUGUCGACGACGAAGAGGAUGCGAACGUGAAGGGGGAUGAGACGCCGCGGGUCGGAACUGAAAACGUGGAGCAGGAGUUUUAUGAAACUGAUGAGACCGAGGAAGCGGAGAUUAUGGCAAAGGAGUUUGAGCCUGAUCAGGAUGAUGAGAUGGGAGAUAUUAAUCCGACGGUGGAGGCUUCAUGGAUGCAGGGGUCGUCGCUGGAGUCUAAAUCUAACGGUGGAGUUGCGAAAGGAAAAUGCUGGACGGUGAGUGGUAGCGUGGGUAGGAGAUCAAAUUCCGAUCUCUUCCGGAUGGCCAUACCCUCAAUGAGGCCGAUCCACGGCUAGGAUUGAUUUGGCGGUCAAAAGUCAAAACAACUUAAGUAUGGACUUCAGUUACUUAUUAGUGUUGUUUCUUUUUUUUUUUUUAUAAUGAAAAAAGGGUGUUCAAUGGUAGUUAGCUCCAGGACAAGCCCUUGUACGGCAAGCAAUGCUUCCGUAGGACUAAUGAACCCAUAACCAGCCGACUCGAGCGGUGAUGGUUGAGGGCAUUUUCACCACUAGACUUCAGUUACUUGUUAGUGUUGUUUCUCUUUCAAUCCUAACUAAUAAUGCAAUGCAUGUAAUUUUUUUUUUUUUCCAAUAGUGAAUGUAUCUCCAUGUCAAGAUU